GGCGCGCGGAGCGGCUCCGACAGGACGGGGUCGGGAGGGGACCGGGCGGCGGGCAGCUGGUCGCCGAGAGACGGGGUGCGGGUUCCGGAGCAGCGGCCCCCCCCCCCCCUCCCCGCACCAGCCUCUGCUCCGCUCGUCGGCCGGGGCUCCCGCCUCCGAGCCCCGCCACCCGCGGCCGUCGCCCGCGCAGCCCCGAGGGCCCCUCGCCUCUGCUGCACGUGCCGCGCCCCGUCCGGCCGCCGCGAUGAGCGAGCUUAAUACCAAAACGUCCCCAGCAACCAACCAGGCACCUGGCCCAGAGGAAAAGGGGAAGGCCAACAGUGCCAAGAAGGCUGAGGAGGAAGAGGAGAUUGAUAUUGAUCUGACAGCACCGGAAACAGAGAAGGCUGCCCUUGCCAUUCAGGGCAAGUUCCGGAGAUUCCAGAAAAGGAAAAAGGAUCCUAGCCCCUGAAUAACCAGGCUUGCCCUCCCCCCCUCUCCCUUCUCUCCCCUCCUCCACAGUUCCCACUCCUGUGUGUCCCUCUCGCCUCUUGUCGAGGCAAGUUCGACCCUUAGAUAUUAUUUUCUCUGAUCGCCCCCUCCAGCCAUCGCCACAGUGGAAGCACGAGGAGCAUGGGGAAGAUGGAGAACCCAGUUGGCAGCCACCUGCCUGAGGUGGACCGGUUUCUCCUCGGGAUAAGCCUCCUUCGUCGGUACCUGUGCCUCGCCUGUGAGGUUGAGGGGCAAGAGGCUUUGAGGCUGAGACAGGGGCCCCUGCCAGCGUGGGAGGGAGGGGAAAGCCUUCAGAGCAGGGCGCCGACGGGGGGGGGGGGGGCACCAGCACCGUUCUGCCAGCUACAACAUUCACACUUCAGGUAACGGGUUUUGCCGCUCACAUCCUUCUGGGCCACCGCAUCCACCCACCCUCUUAGGAGCUGAGUGACAGUGGGGACUGGAGCCCCCCCCUCCCAGGGAGACCCAAAUCAAGCACCUUCCACGUUAUUGCAUGCCGAGUAGAGGAGUUCCCAGGAAGGGACCCUUCAUCAUCCAGUCUGCGACCAUAAAAGGCAGAGGCAGAGGCAGAGCGGGUUCCGAGGGUCAAGGGCAGGGAGAUGGGACUAGAGCCGAUCUGGAGAGGACAGGAGCGUGGGGGAGGGGGGCCUUCUGGAGACUACUGCUGGUAGAUGUGUACCCAGAUGAAGGAUUUCCGGGACUUUGCUAACCUGCCUACCUCUAACCUCCCACAUGUGGCCAUCCCUGAAGGCCGCCAAACCAAGUGACCCCUGGAGUCCCCACCUACCCCGCCGUGGAGUCCGAGCGGAAGUGACAUAGCCCCUCUGUGUGACUUUAGCAUGUUUAAUGAUGAUUAAAGAAAAAAACCAAACCCUCCAGUGGGGUCAUUCAACCUCCA